UUCAUUAGAAAUGUGUCUCUCCUUUGGCACCAUUUUAGUAAAUAAUGUGAAUAAACACUUGAAGCAAGUUGGUCAAACCAUUGUUGAAGUUAUAGCAACUGCCAGUCCAGAUGUAACUGUUCCAAAUGAAGUUUUGAGUUGUUUGUCAGCUCUAUCCUCUAAUGAAGACAAACCUCAAAUUUUUAGCUCCCAGUUGAAUGGAUGCAACAUUGUGCCAUCUGUGACUUUAGGUCUAGUGCUAUUCCAGCGAUUUGAUCUCCAACAAAUGAUGUUUGAAAUCAAACUUACAGCAUGCGUUUCAAUCAUCAAAUGUGACGUAGUUGGUCGUGUUGCUUGCAUCAACAGUCAUCUCCUACUGAUUGGUUGUGAAUCAUUAAUGGUCACGUAUGACAUCAAAACCAAAGAGAAAUGUUGCAUAUCAUUUCCAUUCAAAUUGUAUCACUUGUUUGCUUCUCAUGGAAAACCCUAUGGCAUAGUCGAAGAUACCACCAGUGAAGCGAUAAGUUUACUCAAAUUUGAUGUACAAAGCAGCAGCUACGUGCUCAUCAAUAACCUGCCGUAUCAGGUGAAGUUCAACAGCAUUGCAUGCAGUGAUGAAUACGUAUGCAUUAUCGGUGGCACAGAUAGGGAUGGUAAACCAAUCACUCUGAUUCAAAUCUAUAACUUUCGGUUAAAAAAAUGGAACACUAAAUCAUUGGACAAGUCCAAAUGGUAUCCGAGUUGUACAAGCAUAGUUAUUGACAGUGUUCUUUACAUUUUAAACAACAAAGAUGGAAGUAUUCAAUCUGUUCGUCUGUCUCCCAACUCUGUUUGCCCUCGAGAUUCGUUACCUCCGUUUCCUUUCGGCUCAUGCUGUAAGCUGCUGUCAAACAACUCACAACUACUCUGCGUUGUAGAAGGGAGCAACACCAUCUAUGCACUCAAUGAGGCAGCAUGGCAGCCGGUGUUCAUGUUGCCCUAUGAACUUCAUGGUGUAGAUGGUUGUGUAAUAGACAAUACCUCCAUGGUAAUCAUGGGCACUGAAGAUCACAAAGGCUACAAAAGAGGAUCUCUCUACUUGUUAAGGCAAUCAUGUUGACAACAUAACAUUGACAAUACUAGCUGUCAUUUGGAAAUUGUAAAUUAACUAAAAUUAACUUGCUUUGGAUAAGAGCUGUGCUUGCCCAGCCAUUGUAGCUUAGGUUUAAUUAUUUCUAUUUGCGUUUCAGUUGUUACAAGCGUAUAUACUGUAUUUGACCAUACAGUCUAUCAUAGAGAUUGAGGCCGAUGCAUGCUCACCCUGUUGUGAUAUCAGUGUAACUCGCUCGAGCAAUAGCUCAAUAUAAUUAGUAUAAAAACUUAUA